AUACAAUGACAUCACUUUUCCUGAACCCAAACAGAGGGAGGCUGCAGCGGCGAGCGGAGCGGAGGACACCGCCGGAGAAAGGAGCUCCAGGAGAAGAAGAACCUCCUCCAUCCCCCGCGUCCUCCUGCGGAGCUUCUCCUCUUCACGGCCACAUGAGCUCCGAGGUUGUGUCGCUGGGAGACGGAGGCGCCUGACGGAGACUCCACCCGUCCUCCAGCACCAUAAGGACAGGGACACCCACAGAUGCGAACAAUGUCUGACGAGACCGAACAGAGAAUGUGUGACGAGGACUUCGGCUCGGACGAGGAGGGGGGGGAGGCGGACGUGGAGUCGGACCUGGAGGACAACAGCAGCGAGCUCCUGGACCGGCUCCGGGAACUGGAGGCCGAGAACUCAGCUCUGGUUCUGGCGAAUGAGAGUCAGAGGGAGGCGUACGAGAGGUGUCUGGACGAGGUGGCCAACCACGUGGUCCAGGCUCUGCUCAAUCAGAAGGAUCUGAGAGAGGAGUGCAUCAAGCUGAAGAUGUUGGUGUUUGACCUGGAGAGACAGAACCGAGCGCUGUGUGAGCUGUUCCAGCAGAAGCUGCCCAACCACCCCCCCGCCGCUCACUACCAGGUGCACGCAGGCCCCCCCCCAGAAUACAAUGCACCGCCGCACAAUGACUCCGCCAAACAGGUGGAGCCUGCACAGACCGAAGCACAAGCCAAGGGAAACGGCUACCGCACACAACACGCCUCCCCCGGCCCUCGGGGCUCCGCCGCCUCCAUGGAGGCCCUGUCGCCCUUCUUCAAGAAGAAAGCACACAUCCUGGAGGUCCUGCGCAAGAUGGAGGAGACCGACCCCCUGAAGUUCCACCCGUCCACUGCCAGCUUGUCUUUCUGCGACUACAGCCAGGUGCUCAUGUCCACGGAGGCGGUCCUGGCCACCGCGGACCCUCUUCCCUUCCAGUGCAAGUCCGUCCACACACACUGCCGCUGCUCCUGCUCCGACGCACACCCGCAUGUUAACGGUGACGGGGGGGCGGUGAAGUGUGAGGGGGGGAACGCCAGCUGUUCACACUGCAAGCGGAGCCCGGACUCUCCUCCGAAGCCGUGCAACCACGUCUGUAGUCCCCCGAAGGCCGGCUCCGCCCCCCAGAGCCACGCAGCCCCUGCAGCCGCUGCCAGUGAAUGUUACAGUAAGUCUGUUCCCCCGUCCAAACAGUGCACCCGGAGUGAAGCCCACCAGCCACCAGGAGGCGCCGCCGCCCACUCCUCGGUCCCAGAGGCAGCCGAUCACAGUGGGGAGGUGCUGGGAGCGGAGCAGGAGGAUAACCCAGCAGAGAGUUUCCCCCCCGCCCCUGAGGAGCUCACCGGUUUCUGCUCCACGACCCACCUGCAAACGUCUGUGACGGAAACCUCCCACUGCGACAUGGACGUCAGCGACGGGGUUCCCAACGGUUUGGCGCCGUCCUCCAUCAACAACAACAUGAAUGAGCCCUCGGCCGUGGACCCGGAGGCCUCCUCUGUGAGAGCCGGGGCCUCCAUCAGCCCCAGCCCCUCCUGCCUCAGCGACGUCAAGGCCGCCGCCAUCAACUCUCCGUCCAAACUGCUCAAGUUUUUAAAGAUUCCCUCGAUCGGGGAGAAGUCCCAGCCCCCCCCCGCCGCCGUGCGCCUGAGCCCGCAGCUCACCCGCAACUCCCGGAUCCCCUGUCGCACCAACAACUACGAGGUGUACCACUCCCCUGUGCCCACCCGCCGAGCCACCACCACAGAGAGGUGCCGGCAGCCCCCUCCGCCCCCGUCCCGGUCCGAGUCCUACCCCGCCACUCACUCGGCACCGACCUCCCCCCCGCAGCCCGAGGACGUCUGCUCCUCGCCCGCUCAGGAAACGAGCUACAUGAGCCUCUCUGCACCUACAGCUAACUCAAAGAUGAGCGCGCCUUCCUCCACCUCGUCUUCCUCACCCAAAGUCUCCCAGAGGGUCCCUCAUUAUGAGAACGUCUGUGAUAUGUCCACCAGCUCCAGGGAGGAGGAGCCAGCCCCGGGCCUGGAGAAGAGAACCACUCUUCCAUCUCAAGCGAAGGCGAACGGCGGCGAGAGGAAGCUCGUGAAGUCGCUCCCAGAGAGCGCCAUGAAUCCCCCCCCUCAGCGGAAGCAGUCUUCCUCCUCCACGUCGGAGUCCACGUCGGACGAUGAAGAGGAUUCAGACAGCCCGGUGUGGGUGAACCACCACAGCCUGCCAAACUCGUCCGCCCUCGGCAAAACUCAGGGCAGAGCCAACUACUCGCGAGCCAGAGAGAAAGUGCAGCCUGUCAUAAGGGAGGUCCCUGUGCCGAGCGCCGAGGUCGCCAAGCCGCCGCCCCCUCCGCCUCCAGCCAGGAGGAGCGACCCCUCCUCCAUCCCCAAGAGACCCGCGCCCGGGGCGGCGAGGUCCCAGGCCGACUCCAGUCACCACGCUUUCAAGGACCGGCUGGCUGCCCUGGGGAAGCUGAGGAGCUCGGAGGACUUACAGGUCGGCCUCCAUCCGGUCGACCCGGCGGGCGACGCCUCCUUCGGUGAAGAGCGGACGAAGACGGUGGAGCGGCCGCUGGAGCAACUCAAAGAGGAGCAGAGACACUCGAGGUACACCGACUCUCUGGAGAGCAAACCUAAAGCUGGAGGCGCUGGUCUGAAGUAUCCGGGCUCGUCUCAGCUCUAUGAUCAGGCAAUGAAGUCUCAGUCUUCUGCUGCAGCUGUGGUCAAACCAGAACUGUGUGUGGUGAAGGCCGAAGUCCCCAAGAGCCGGAUCAGUCUGCCGUCCCCCAACGCUGACGCUCCGCAGGUUCUACGCAACAACAUCAAGUGUCCCGGCUCCUUGAAUCUGGCCUACAACGCCAAACCUGGUCCUCACAGUAACAGCAGCCCCAACAAGAUCCCCACCAAGUCGCCGUCCAAACCGUGUCCGGCCCCGUCCGUCCACAGGGGGGGGAAGCCCCCAGAGGCCCCACGCUACUCCUCCAAAUCAGAAGAGAGGACCAAGAUCAGCGGGAAAGGGAAAAAGAAUCCGAUGUUUGGGGACAGCCUCCCGCCGCCUCCCCCGAGACCUCCCUCCUCCGAGGGGGAGAAGCCCUCGCCGCCGGCGCCCUGCCCGCAGUCCGCCAUCGAGCAGAAGGUGAUGAAGGGCAUCGAGGAGAACCUGCUGAAGCUCCAGGAGCAGGACAGAGGAGGGCCGAGCGUGGAGGUCAAGCAGAAAGCCUCCAACGGCAUCGCCAGCUGGUUCGGCCUGAAGAAGAGCAAACUGCCCGCGCUGAGCCGCAAGGCCGACGGCCCCAAGGCCAAGGACGAGAAGAGGGAGUGGAAGAUCAACAUCCCCUCGGUGGGCAGGGACUCGGUGAAGAUAGCCAGCCGGUGUAAAGAAGGCGUGGAGGGUCUGAACAUCUCCACCCUGAUGGAGAAGGCGGAGGGGCUGCGUCGGGCCCUGGAGGAGGAGAGGGCGUACGUGGAGAGGUCGGGCCGGGGUCACUCCUGCGAGGUGGUGAUGGACCCGACUCAGGGACAGCUGGCGGUCAUGUACCGGGGGGGGCGCUCCGACAACUUCAUGCAGCAGCUGCUGAACAGAGUGGACGGGCAGGAGGUGAUCAGCGUGCCACAGCGCCGGCUCUCCUUCGACUGCAAGAGCUCGAGGCCGCUGUUCGCUCAGCAGAGUGACAUCAUCAGUCGAGACGACAUGGAGAAGGGGUCAGAGAGAAUCGGCAAAAUCACAUCAGACGAGAACCUGGCAGACCACUCUCAACACUUCGCAGGUUCUGGUGCCUCCACGUACACGCUGGACAGCGGCAUCGGCACGUUCCCUCUGCCGGACUGCAGCAGCGGUGCAGCCGGACGCAGCCUGUCCAAGACGAGGGCCGGGGCCGAGCACCACGCCUCGGGCUCCCCGGGGCGGGCCGGGCGCCGGGCUCGCACCCUGGACCGGGAGCUGCCGUCCCAGGACGAGGGCUACACGCCGCACAAACAGCUGAUUCCCACAAUCCAGUACGGCUCCGUGCUGGAGGGGAGGAGCUCGGCCGGCGUCCUCCGUGAAGACAAAGAAGCUCACGCAGCGAACAUGUUUUCUCCUCGCUCCAAAACCUGGACGUUCCCGAACCUGAAGACUCCGGCCGGCCCGGCGGACGUGUACCUGGCCGUGGAGGAGGAGGAGGAGGAGGCGGUGACCUUCACAUCACAGUUCAGAGCGAGCGUGAAGGCCAGCGGUGCGUCCCCCAGCCGGGUGGUGGACCCCUGCAGCCUGCCCGUCCCGGCCCAGUCGGGGAUGAGCCGCCGGGGAAAGACUCGCACCCCCAGCGUCCCCGAGAUGAGCCGGGACGGAGGCCUGGAGCUGCUCAGGGAGAGGCCGGAGGAAGCCCUGUCCCCGAGCCGCCCUCAGGUCCUGGAGACGCCCGAGUCUCUGAGCGACUCUCUGUACGACAGCCUGUCGUCCUGCGGCAGCCAAGGAUGAUCCCCGGAGAGGACGGGGGGGAGACAGAUCCUCUGAAGACGACAAGACCCAGCGCCGCUCGGAACGCGUCCCCUGGUCGCUGGCUGUGCACCGCGCCCUGUCGAUGUCCACAAAGAAGAAUCAGGUGACGUCUCAUCCGCCGCUGCAACUGGAACGAGGGAUCGAUGGACUUCUCCUCAGGAUUUCCAAAAAACGUGAAGCCAAAAGUCGCCCAAGUAUAAUCGAUUGUUCACUUUGACGCUUCUCUUUAACUCAUGUACAGGACUUCAAGAUGCAUGGCCACGCUCACGAUUAGCACAACACGCCCUCGCUCCCAGUAACCGGUUGGCGAACGUUCAGACUUUUGUUGGAGGAAUCGGUGAAGACGCAUGAACACGUCCGCUCGGUUCAUCUCAUCAACUGAGAAAACAAACUGAAAACACGGAGCUCCGGAAAAAAAAUGAAUGUCCAUGUCUGUGAUUCAUAAAAGGCUCGACUCAUGCAUCACGAUUUUAAAUGUACAAACGAUUUUAUUGAUCAUGUUGAUAUUGUUUUUGUGGCCGAGGACGGUCGUCAGAAUAUGUCUGUUUGAAAUCAUGCUACAUUUAAAAGGUAAUAUAUACCAGCAAUAAUUACAUAGAAAAGAGAAAUGGCUACACUAUUCGAUGAAUAUGUAUUUCUAUUAUUUAUUUAUUUUAAAUGUUCAUCAUCUGCAGUCGUCUUUUAUUUUGUAACCUCUCUCUCUCUCUGUGACACUUGCCGUCUCCUCGCUUUCGUAGAUUUGAUCAUAUCCUGUAUCUCAACAUCUGUUGCUGUUCGUUCCGUAGCCACUAGAGGUCGCCUGUACCUACUGCCGUUUUUCAACUUUCUAAUUAAAAUGUUUUGAUUUA